GGGGCCCGCGAUUUUUGCCACCGCAACUGCGGUCGGGAAGCCGCGCAGUGGGCCUUCAAAAGCAGCCUAUUUGUACGUGUAAAGGACCGGGCUUUACCAAUUGUUGACCUGACUCGCAAGUCGGACAACUUCGGUGACACACCUUUCCAGUCUUCUUUGAUGGUCAAAGCGCAAGUGAAAGGCUUGAGCAUGCAAUCCGAGACACAUCAGUGGCUUGCCCCCUCGCAGGAAGGCACGUGGCCCUCCUCAGCUGGCUCAGCGGAUUCUUCAAUUGCUAGAACGGGUUCUCAAGCCCCCAAUCUCAAGCGUCCACGUCCCUCCUCCACCAACAUGGAUGCUCCCCCGCCUGCUCCCAAGCUGCGUGGCGACAUCAUCCUCGAGGUCUUCACCCACAAGUCUCUGCGCUUCCCUGGAGCCCCGACUAACGAAGAGUCCGAGUAUGGCGACAACGAACGCUUGUCGGUGCUGGGUGAGAAGGUGUUGGAAACUGCAGUGACGUUCACCCUCUUCAAUAAGAAACCGAUGAUAAAGGCACAGGAGAUCGAGUCCCAGCGCAUGGAGGUCCUCUCCGAUGCGAAUUACAACAAUUGGGUUAUCAACUACAAGCUCAGAGAGAAAGUACGCUGCAGCCCUGAUGCGGUUGCCACCCUCACAAACCCGAAGGAAACAAAUUUGCUCUUCUGUUCGUAUGUCGGUGCAGUCUAUGUGCAGAAUGGGAUGGAGACGGUGCAGAACUGGAUCGGGCAGCUCAUCGAUCCGGAGUACGAACCGCCCGUUCCAGCUGCCGACGGCGAGCCAUACACAUACAAGAGAGUCAAAACCGAACCUAUGAGCUCGCCGACACCGCCUCCUACCAUGCACCAGCCACCUCCUCCCAUGGCUCCGCCGCCGCCGUUGCCCAUUAACCCGCUUGCCCCUGCGCAGCCCCAAGCUGCGUUUUUGCCGCUGUUCAACCAGACGGCGAACCAACGCAGGUUGGCGGUUGAGUAUCCGGCGCAAUUUUCAGGCCCUGCACAUGCUGGGCGUUGGACGGUUCAGUGCGUUGUGAACGGUAUCCCCAAAGGCGAAGGUUCUGGUGCUAGCAAGCAGCUCGCCAAAGAGGAAGCAGCGAGACAGGCGUAUUAUUCGAUGGGAUGGGCACCUCGUGAGUGCCCUGCGACUCCCACCUCCGAUGUCCAAUGACUCACGGCGUUGUGAAGGUGCCUGAAACGGUUCUCCCGUCAUCCGUCCCCGUUUUACAGAGCUAUCGUUGUACUUGUAUUUGUACCAUGACAGCCUAGCUUCGACAUGAUCACACAUGCUUCGCUUUCAAGUGAGGUAUUUGUGAUCAUGUCUCCGGAAUAUAUAUGGGGCACGUUUCGCAUCCAUAUUCAUUGCGGUGCUAGUGUGGAAUGGUUCAAGUCCACAUGAAGCCCAUCAAAGAAUGAGCUACCGCUUAAGUGAUUGUGACAUGAUGCUCCAAGGCGAAGUCGAGCACAAAUGAGGUGUGUCCAGUGUGGGAUGUGAGGUGGCGUGCACCUAUAUCAUGAUGUGUCUCACUUGUGCUCAACUUGAAGCACCUUGUCACCAUCACUUAAGCUGUGGUGAGCAAUUUUUCAUGAGAAAAAUUGUGCCGAUUGCCUAAAGUUCUACAUUAUGCCAUUUCUUUUCUUGUCUGUCUGUUCAUCUUCUUCG